GAGUGUUUCCCAUUUAAACAAACAGUGCCGAAGAUGGCGGAGAGUUAAUGGUGUAAAGAAGAAAUUAUCGACCCGGUAGAGCGAUACGUCCACAAGACUCCAUUGACCAACCCACAUAGGACCACACCCCCAGAGAGAGGGGAGGGGGGCGCUGAUCGUCCAUCAUCUCGGGCGCCGUCACAAGGUGCUGAUAUGUGCUCACGAUGAGCGGACUGGGGGAGAACUCCAUGGAGCCUUUGAGCUCAGAAAGCCGGAAACGCAAGCGCUCCACUUGCGAGACGCCGGGUCUGGGGUGUGAGAGGAAGCGACGGGAACAGGAGAGCAAAUACAUAGAGGAGCUAGCCGAGCUGAUCUCGGCCAACCUCAGCGACAUCGACAGCUUCAACGUCAAACCAGACAAAUGUGCCAUCCUCAAAGAGACGGUGCGCCAGAUCCGCCAGAUCAAAGAGCAGGGAAAAGCUACAUCCAACGACGACGACGUUCAGAAGUCAGACGUGUCCUCGACAGGUCAGGGGGUCAUCGACAAGGACCACUUGGGGCCGCUCCUGCUGCAGGCUCUGGAUGGCUUCCUGUUUGUGGUGAACCGGGAAGGCAGCGUCGUGUUUGUGUCGGACAACGUGACGCAGUACCUGCAGUACAAACAGGAGGAGCUCAUCAACACCAGCGUCUACAAUAUUCUCCAUGAGGACGACAGGGAGGAGUUCCACAAGAACCUGCCUAAGAACAACAUAAAUGGAGUGUCGUGGGGAAGCGAGGCAGCCCGACAGAAGAGUCACACCUUCACUUGCCGGAUGCUGGUCAAGUUUGGCCACCCCCACGGCCCAAUGGAGGAGGGGCCAGGAGGGCCACGCUACGAGACCAUGCAGUGUUUUGCUCUUACCCAGCCCAAGGCCAUGAUCGAGGAGGGGGAAGACCUGCAGUCAUGUAUGAUCUGUGUGGCCCGUCGGGUGACAGCCAUGGAGAGAACGGAGAGCUUCAACACUCGGCACGAGCUCUCAGGUAAACUGAUCCAGAUUGACCAGAACUCUCUACGAGCGUCGAUGCGUCCAGGCUGGGAGGAUUUGUUGAGGCGUUGCAUUCAGAUGUUCCUGCAGCACAGUGACGGGCAGCCCUGGUCACACAAACGCCACUACCAUGAGGCCUUCCUGCAGGGUCACGCUGAGACUCCCUUGUACCGCUUCUCCCUGUCCGAUGGCACUCCGGUCACUGCCCAGACCAAGAGCAAACUGUACCGGCACCCAAUGAGCAACGAGCCACAGGGAUUCAUCUCCACACACCUACUACAGAGGGAACCAAACGGCUACCGCCCAGCUCAGGGGGGAAACAUGAUGCCGAACACCAUGAGACAACAGGGCAUGGGAGGCCCGAAUCCCAAUCCCCAAAUGAACAUGAACACCGGUGGGGGGAUGGGCAUGGGGGGCAUGAGCAGGGGCUUCGGUAUGAACGAGCAGGGCCACAUGGGUCACAUGGGUCCAAUGGGAGGGGGCUCUAUGUACGGAGGCAGCGGUGGCGGAGGAGGAAAUGGAGGUGGAGGCAUGGGCAACCGCAUGAUGCAGAUGAAUCAGAUGGGGCCGAUGAAUCAGGUGGGGCACAUGAAUCAGAUGAAUCAGAUGGGUCCCAUGAAUCACCCGGGCCAAGGCAUGCAGCAGCACCCACAGCAGCCCCCGUUUCAGAGCAGCGGGGGGUUCGGGCUGAGUGGCAUGAACAGCCCGUCAGGAAGCCCCAGAAUGAGCGGCCCCCAGCAGGGACUCCUGAUGUCCCCCCGAAACAGAGGGAGCCCGAAGAUGGGCGCUAAUCAGUUCUCACCUGGAGGCAUGCACUCUCCCAUGAGCGGCAUCGUCAGUGGUGGAGGAAGUGGAGGCAGCACCACCACCUUCUCCAGCAGCUCCCUAAACGCCCUACAAGCGAUCAGUGAAGGAGUAGGCAGCUCCCUCCCCUCCACCCUAACGUCCCCCUCGCCAGCCCACAAACCAGACAGCUCGCCCAGCAUCCACUCCUCCUCCUCUUCCUCUCAGCCCAGCCAGCCAGCCAAACCGGGCCAAGACGGCUCCAAAAGCCCAGCGGGAGGUUUGGGGCCCGCUGACCAUCACCACCCCAUGCACCAUCACCACCAUCAUCAGCAUCCUCAAGCUGAGAGUUCUGCAGACCGACCGGACAGCCAGGCAGCUACAGUGACUAAAGAGUCUGCAGAGGGAACCAACGAGGCAGGGGCAGCGAGCUCUGAAACCUCUCGGAGGUUGCCGGACAGUAAGGGGCAUAAGAAGCUGCUGCAGUUGCUGACUUCUCCGACCGAGGAGCUGGGGAUAGGUGGUAGCGGGUCAUCAGGGCCCCCUGUACCUCCCCCAGCGAGUAGCAGCAGCACUCCUGCAGGCCCAGACAGUAAAGACCCCACUGGAGGAAUGACGAGCCCCUCCUCGACUGGAGUCUCCUCUUCCUCAGCCGGUGCAAAUCCGGGCCAGGCAACUGGGCAGGGGGCUUUAGCAGCUUCACUCUCCUCAGCGCAGUACACAGGCUCCCUGCAAGAAAAGCACAAGAUCCUCCACAAGCUCCUACAAAAUGGAAACACUCCAGAUGACGUUGCUAAGAUCACAGCCGAGGCCACGGGGAAGGUAACGCUGGGGGGCCAGGAGGGCGGCGAGGCCGGAGGAGCAGGGGCUGGGCCGGGGAUGGUCAUGGAGCCCAAGCAGGAGCAGCAUAGUCCCAAGAAGGAGAAGACCCAUGCCCUCCUCCACUACCUUCUCAACAAGGAUGACUCCAAAGAGCCUGUGGAUGUCAAGCCCAAGCUGGAGGAUCUGGAUGUGAAGGGAGCCCCGGGGGCCGCUGGCGGUCCUGCUCGGGGCGGACCUGGAUCUGGCCCUGCGCCGGAACAUCCUGAGAGCAAGAUCAAGUCAGAACCUCCUGAUGACUUGCACAACCUGGAGUCUAUCCUCGGAGAUUUGAGGGGUUCAAGCUCUGACUUUUACCCGGAUCAGAGCGGAGGUGGAGGGGCGAACGACACAGGAAGCAAACCCCAGGGUUGCCUUGACGACAGCCUGCAGGGUAAGAAAUGCAGGAAUGGGCCCGGGCCUCGGGGGCCUUUCCAGAGGGCCAUGUCCAUGGACGGGAAGCCUCCUGCCGGGCCUGUGGGCGCAGGUAGACGCCCCAUGCUCAUCAAGCAGGAGAACAUGAUGGGCAGCCCGGACGGCUACCCAGGAAACAUGGGACCAAUGAACAGGGGCAUGGUUCCCCAGCGGUCUCCCAUGGGGGGGUCAGCGGACUGGGGCAUGUCCCGCUCAGGUGCCAGCCCUGGGGGUUCAGCAGGACACCCCUCCAUGAUGCGUCCCGGCAUGGAGUACAACAACAGCAAGGGCAUGAUGUCAGGACCGAUGAUCGGUCGCUCCAACAGCGUACCAGGCACCAGGUCCAUGCUGCAGCAACAGCUGAUGGAUAUGGGAAGCUCUGCUGACAUGGGCAUGGGUAUGAGCCCCUUCAGUCAGCCGGGCCAGCCCAACCAGUCCCCCUCCUGGCCGGACGCUAUAAUGAGCAUGGAGGGUAACAGACGCCAGUUCGGAAACACAUUAGAUGAUCUCCUGGUACCUCCCACCACCAGCGAGGGUCAGAGCGACGAGCGGGCACUUCUGGACCAGCUGGACUCUCUGCUCAACAACACGGACGGCAUCGCUCUGGAGGAGAUAGACCGAGCUCUGGGUAUCCCGGACCUCGUCAGCCAGAACCAGGGUAGUGAGCAGCAGCUGGAGUCAUUUCCAGGGCAGGACCCGUCCAUGGUGCUGGACCAGAAGCCCCUCUAUGGACAGGGCUACCCCGGACCCCCCACCAUGCCUAUGCAAUCUGGCUAUGGCGGGAACCCCAUGCAGGGACAGGCCCAGCAGGGGGGGUUUGGGCCCAUGCUGUCUCAGAUGGGCCAAGGCGGCAGCUUCCCUGGAAUGGGUGGGAUGGGGGGCAUGGGUCACCCUCGUGCCAACAUGAUGAGACCGAGGAUGAUGACCGCCAACAAACCCAUGAGGCUGCAGCUGCAACAGAGGCUGCAGGGCCAGCAGUUCAUGAAUCAGACGCGGCAGGGCAUGGGCAUGAAGAUGGAGAACCCAGGAGGGAACCCUGGCAUGAGGCCCGGCAUGCAGCCUGGCAUGGGAGGACAGCCGGGCUUCAUCAACGCUCAGAUGAUGGCUCAGCGCAGCAGGGAGAUGGUCACCAUGCAGAUGAGGAGGCAGCGCAUGAUGAUGCUGAUGCAGCAGCAGCAGCAGCAGCAGGCUGCCGCCGCCGCUGCAGCUGCGGGGGGAUUCAGUCCUCCUCCAAACGUCACGGCUCCUGGUGGCAUGGAGAACCCUAUGGGAGGGCCGAACAUGGGCCAGCCGGGGCCGCAGCAGUUUGGCUAUGGGGGAAGCUAUGGGAUGGGCCAGCAGGGAGACCCCUCGUUCGGCCCAUCAGGCGGCAGUCCUCCGAACGCCAUGAUGCCUGGCCGCCUGGGGCCUCAAAACCCCAUGAUGCAACAGCACCCGCAAGGCGGACCCAUGUACCAGGGGGCGGAAAUGAAAGGCUGGUCGCAGGGAGGCAUGGGACGCAACAGUUCGUACCCUCAGCAGCAGUUUGCGCAGCAGGGACCUCCAGGGCAGCAACAGUUUGGGCAGCAAGGGAACCCGGGCCCGUAUGGGGGCAUGAUGAUGAAUGGAGGAUGCCAGCCAGUGGAGGAGGAGGUCACAUGGGCCAGAUGGGAGGGCAGAUGGGAAUGAACCCCAUGGUGAUGGGACGCAUGCCGAUGGGGCCUGAUCAGAAAUACUGCUGAGCGUCGUGACAGGAGCAUGUGUCUCACUGUGAUCUCCACUCAGAGACAGGACACGGCUGCAGCCCUGGAGUGUGUGUGGAGGAGCAGGUGGUGUGUGUCUGUGUGCAGUGCUGCACUCCCACCAGACGGGGGGGUUGAACUUCCUUCAGUAUCACGGCCAGUAAUCAGUCUGGCAACCUGAGGGAAAGCAGACAGACUGUCACACACAUAUGUGAAAACAUGCAGCGUUCAUGAAAAUCAGAAACACUGUGACACAUUUCCAUAAAUCCUCAGACAGCUCUGUGAUUCCUUUCGUAGACUGUAGUUUGAUAUUUCUCUCUUUAUGAGCGGUGUGUGUGCGCCUCGGUAAACACACACCUCUACCUGGACACGAACGGACAUGCAAGCAGAUCACAGACUUGGACGAAAGUGUUAAGGCAUCCUCUCCUCUGUCGAAUGUACCAUGCAGCUGUGUUCAGAUUUUAAAUGUGGGAUUCCUCUCUCCUUUCUGAACUUUUUCGCCUGCCGUCUCUCCGUUGCUCCUGGAGGAUCUCUAAAGGUUCAAGAUUUCAGAUUGUGACACUCAGUUGAAUGUCAUUAGGCAGUAGCACAUUGUUUCCUUCUCCAGGAUGCCGCUAAAGUACGAGUGAAUUACUUGUUGGCUGAUGCACUUUAAGGAAAGGCUAACAUCAAAAGGAUUGUGGCAAUAUAGAGGCCUUUACCCAAGAAUUAAUGCAUUGCAGCAGUUGUUUUUUUUGGUUCAUGUUUGUGUGCGUGUGUGUGUUCUCCAACUUUUCCUCUCCGGGUAAUGGGGGCUGUUGUUUGGGAAUGGGUAACUUUGAUGAUCUUUGUUCUAAAGUGGGAACCAGUAGAAAGGCGGCAAGCACAGAUUUUAUCCAACGCUCUCAUCUACAGAGGUACGAAUUUAUUACAACAAGAGAAACAAACCGUUUUUAAGACAUUUUAAAGACUCUCUUGAGAAAAACAGACUUCUAUUAAUGUUCAAAACCUCACUUAUAUUUAUAAAGUUUCAUUAAUGUUGUCAAUUUCCAGAGGUCAUUUUUAAUCCAAAAUGUGUUGAUAUUUUGGUUACCUCGCACCAAUUAAGUGUUAUUACAAAUGCAGAAAUGAAAUUGAUUGCCAAUUUAGAAAUUAUAUCUAUAUUAGCUCCCACUGUAAGAGAGAAGUGUGUGUUAGAUUUCUAGCAAUAAUCCUUCCUCCUGGUUUUCCUCUGAGGACCAAUGAAGUAUCAUUUACUCAAAGCGAUGGCACUGCAGUAUUAGACAUGAUGUCUAGUUUGGAGCUCUUUUUUGUUUCUUUUGUCUGUGAAUAUGAAUUGUAAAUAUGCUUCAAAUGUACUAUAUAUAAAUAUAUAUAUGCUUUUGUAGGUCACAUACUGUUUUUGCACAGAUUGUAAGGCUUGAUAUUUAAAAGUGUAAUUUUCUUAAUCCGUCAUAGGUCAGCUUUUAUUUUCAAUACUUUAAGCAUUGGUUGGAAAGUAAGGGCCUCCUUUUUGUAAGCAGUACGUGUAGAUUUUCUUUCAUACUGCCACCUUCUUUAUUUUCUUAGGACAUUGUCUUAGCAAAAGAGGUGCUAGUGUGUAAUUUCUUUUCUAAAUAAAUUAUUUUUCUUCUGUCAAAAAAAAAAUGCCUAUACAAAAAGAGUUGACACGUGAUUGUGUUAGGCUUCUCGAGGCCCGGAUGUCUUACCAGUAUGUCGGGUUGAUGUUUUCUGAACCUCAUGCUUCCAUGUGUGACUUAAAGUUUCACUCCUGAGAUUUCUGUGCUUAGAAUUUUGCAGAAAUGAUCGUUCGGCCUCAGAUACGAGACUUCAGAAAACAGUCCCACCAUAUAACUGUUCAUAAGUCCAUUUGGCCCAUUUGCAGAUGUUUAAACACGAUGGAAGCAACACGUGAAGUAGUUUAAACCCCUAAUUACCUGAUAACUGACACUUUUUCUUUGCCUUAAUUGUCAUUUUGUUUCCUGUGAAGCUUAUGUUGAGAAAUCUACCUUUGAACACAUGCUCAAUCCAAAGAUUUUUGUUUGUCAUUCUGCAGUGCGUAGAAGCAGUUCCUGACGUAGAUCGUGCAAGUACUCCUGUGUGCUUUAACUGUCGCACAUAACCUAUAAUAUACAUUAAACUAGAUAUGUUUAAUUGCAUUUUAUCCCAAUCCGUAUACCCUAGAGUAGAGACCGCUGAGGUGGUUUGAGUUUUUUGUUUGUGAUUGUUUCAUCUUUUCUGUACAACUUAUGGCCAGUUGAAUUGUGGUGCUGCAGACGGUUGUUUCACAAGGGAAUGUCAACAUUUUCUAAGCUGGAAAGAAGGUUUCAUGAUUGAUGUCAUUUUGUCUCAGAAUAAUAGCUUGGAGUUGUUUUGUUUAAGCCCAGUCUCAAUGACAUCUACAAAUAUAAACAAACAAAAAAGUCUGUGUUUUGCUUUAAAGGAAACGAUCUCCUCUCAGUGCAUCGUUGGCGCUAAAGAAAAGAGAAAACACAUCUGGGAAACAUACAGUCAUUAUUACAGGAUGUAAAAUACUAUUGCAUUUCUUUUUCUUACCUUGUUUCUUGAUGUUAAUAUCGAUGUAAAUACAAAUUUAUAUUUAAACAUUAACAA